UCUUAGAGGUCCUUUGCCCAGUACCACCUGAACCUUUGGACAUUAGCUUAUCUUCAAACUUGCCUUUUUAUUGCUGCGAAAAUCUCCGGCCGACUUCUCUUGAGCUUCUGAUUCCCCGCACCAAGUGUUCUCCGGACCUUGGAUCGCAGCCUGAGCUCCGUAUCCACGCAGCUUGCAGCUGAGUGUCGUUCUAAUAACAUCUUAUCAAGGAUCGCAGGAGCACAACAAUCACCGGCAAGCUUCGGUAGCCUCCAUUUUACGGAAAGAUUUAUUUGAUCAAUACCUAUCGGCUAUAAUUCGAUUUGCUCUGAAGGCGGAGAUUAGAAAGUUGGACACUCGCGAUGUUCCGCGCACAGCAGAACGCUUUUGACGAUGCAGUCGCCAAAGCAACGGAUGAGAACUUGACCUCCGAGAACUGGGAGUACAUUCUUGAUGUAUGCGAUAAGGUUGGGGCUGAGGAGUCAGGUGCAAAGGAUGCGGUCGCCGCUUUGAUCAAGAGACUCGCACAUAGGAACGCCAACGUGCAGCUGUACACUCUCGAACUGGCCAAUGCAUUAGCGCAGAAUUGCGGCCCUAAGAUACAUCGCGAACUGGCGUCACGAAGCUUUACAGACGCACUCUUGCGUCUCGCUGGUGAUAGGAACACUCAUCAGCAGGUGAAAUCCAAGAUUCUGGAACGUAUGGAGGAUUGGACGGAGAUGUUCGCUAGCAACCCAGAUUUCGGGAUUAUGGAACAGGCUUUCAUGAAGUUGAGGACACAAAACCCGAACCUACAACCCCCGUCGAAGCCCGGGAAGCGGGAGAUUACCGACCUAGAUCGCCAGAAAGAAGAGGAGGAAUUGCAGAUGGCGCUUGCUCUUUCUAUAAGAGAGAAAUCCGGUUCAGCCCCUCAGCCGCAGGUGGAGAGUAGUAGCUCGGUCUCAGCUCCAGAAAACCAAGCACAAGCUGCGCCUGCUGGACCAGUUCCUUCAGGUACUUCUGCUGCUACUGUUUCUAGAGUUAGAGCUUUGUACGAUUUUCAGCCGUCUGAGCCCGGAGAGUUACAAUUUCGGAAGGGAGAUGUCAUCGCCGUCCUAGAGUCCGUGUAUAAGGAUUGGUGGAAGGGCUCUCUGAGAGGCCAGACAGGGAUUUUCCCGCUUAAUUACGUGGAAAAGCUUCCUGAUCCCACUGUUGAGGAACUUCAGCGGGAAGCUCAGAUGGAGGCAGAGGUGUUUGGCCAGAUCAAGAAUGUUGAGAAGCUAUUGACUCUUCUAAGCACGCGCAGCUCAGAACUCAAUGUCCAGGAGAAUGAGGAAAUCACAAACUUGUACAACUCAACAUUAUCAAUCCGCCCCAAGUUGGUUGAGCUCAUUGGAAAAUAUUCGCAGAAGAAGGAUGAGUUCACUCAACUCAACGAAAAGUUUAUCAAAGCGCGAAGGGACUAUGAAUCUCUCUUGGAGGCGUCUAUGGCUCAACCUCCACAGCAGCAAUUUGGUCGGCCUGGUCAGCCUCAGUACGGGUAUCCGGGCUCUGGAGCGCCUGCAGGCUACCCCCGGGGGCCGGCGCAACAGCAUGAUCCUCAGAGAUAUUUCAGUCCUCGACCGCCAGACAACCAGCCUAAUGCUUCCUACUACCCGCCAGCUACACAAUCACCUGGCCCAGGGCAUACCUCUCCGCCUGGACCAUAUCAACAGCAGCCGCAGCAGCCCGCACCAGACUCAUACCAGCCAGUCCACCACCGCCCUGAAUCGACCUAUGAUCAACCACAAGAGUUGGGUACAUCUGUGUAUGACUCCCCGGUUGAACGGCUACAGUACCCUCCUGGGCCUUCAGGAGGUCAGCCGCACUAUCAGCCGCCUCCUCAACAGACUCCUCAGCCAGAUUUCUCAGCUUCGAGUCCCAAUCUUGUGAAUCAAUCCCAGUCUCCUUACCCGGCUACUCCAGUUACUCAGCCUCCGCCACCAACGCAGCAACCGCCUCCUGUUCCCGGCACAGCGUCAGGGUCUGCACCCUAUCCGUCGGCAAGUCCCAGCGCCGCCAACUACCAGGCCUACAGGCCACCGCAAGGCGGAAUACCUAACCAUAACCCCGCUGCAUUCUAUCAGUAGCGCCUUGACGUAUGUCUUCCCAACUGCUGUACGCUGGGCGCUUGCCUGGCUUGUCGUAUUUGUGAUUCAUGUCGCCGGGGUCGUCCUCUCGACGGAGGUUUGUUGCUUUUGAUGUGAGCCAUGGCGUACUUGUAGUCAUAUUGUGUGUCUAUCUAUUAUUCUGGCCCCAAUAAA